AUGACAGAAAAACCGCUCAACCACGCCUCUUCCAUUCUGAUUGUCGGCGCUGGAGCUUGGGGAUGCUCAGCUGCCCUGCAUCUGGUUCGCCGAGGAUAUACAAAUGUCAAGGUGUUGGAUGCUUACCCUGUGCCGUCAGAAAUUGCGGCUGGCAAUGAUGUGAACAAAAUCAUGGAGCACAAGGAGCUCAAAGAAGCAAACUUUGACGCAAGAAGUCUCGCCUUUACAACCUGCAGUCGAGCUGCACUGAAAGGCUGGCAAACUGACCCCAUCUUCCAGCCAUAUUUUCACGAGACAGGAUUCAUUGUCGCGGGGCACACUCCAGCUCUAAUCCAGCAUAUCAAGGAAGAAGAGAUAGACCCUUCCGAUGCCGAAUUCAUAUCUCUCAACACAGCGGAAGACUUUCGCAACGCAAUGCCACCUGGAGUCUUGACAGGGGACUUUCCAAAUUGGAAAGGCUGGCUGAGCAAGAGUGGAGCUGGUUGGAUUCACGCGCAGAAAGCCAUGAUCGCAGCAUUCACGGAGGCUCAACGCCUGGGCGCGGAAUUCAUAACCGGGGCGCCAUCGGGGAAAGUCGUGUCUUUACUCUUUGACCAUGGUGAUGCGGUGGGAGCACAGACGGAAAACGGAGUACACCAUGUGGCAGAUCAUACUAUAUUAGCUGCGGGUGCUGGGAGUGAUCGGCUACUGGAUUUUAAGAAACAGUUACGUCCCACUGCCUGGACAUUGUGCCAUAUCAAGAUGAGCGCCGAGGAAGCAAAACUGUAUUGUGAUCUCCCGGUCUUAUUCAACAUUGCGAAGGGAUUCUUUAUGGAGCCGGAUGAAGAUAAUCAUGAGCUCAAGAUCUGCGAUGAGCAUCCUGGAUAUUGCAAUUUUGUUGCUGAUCCGUUACACGGCGGAGAGGAGCGAAGUGUACCGUUUGCGAAGCAUCAGAUUCCCCUUGAGGCAGAGGCACGAGCUAGAGACUUUCUGCGAGAUGCGAUGCCACACCUUGCCGAGCGACCCUUUUCAUUUGCAAGGAUUUGCUGGGAUGCUGAUACGCCCGAUCGGGCAUUCUUGAUUGAUCGCCAUCCCGAUCAUCCUUCUCUCAUUGUCGCUGUGGGAGGAUCUGGCAAUGGAGCGAUGCAGAUGCCUGCCAUAGGCGGGUUUAUUGCGGAUGCGUUGGAGGGAAAUCUACAAAAGGAACUAAAGCACGUUGUCCGAUGGCGCCCUGAUACAGCGGUAAAUAGAGAUUGGCACUCUAAGCAGAAUCGUUUUGGUGGGCCAGACAAGGUCAUGGAUUUUCAAAAAUUGAAAGAAAAUGAGUGGACUUCGGUAUGA